GAAAAGUCCCGGCUUGACCUAGUAACCGAGAGUAUAUAAGGCUCUCAGGUGGCGCGCGCGUUUCAGACAGUUGCCGGUCACCGUGGAUGGUGGAGUUCGUAGCUUGCUUGCAGUGAUUCGGUUCAUCUCGGUUUCUGUAGUCGCCUCUCUCUCUCUCUCGCCUAGUAUUUUCGACUAUGAGGCCGAAUGAGGCAGUGGACGGGCCAGCUUUGGCGCUGCGCCUGGAGGAGCUGAAGCGGCGGGCGGCCGAGUGCAUCGAGGCGUCGUCGGAGAGCCUGGGCGCGCUGAGCCGGCAGAUCUGGAGCCAGCCGGAGCUGGCCUACGAGGAGCACCAGGCUCACGGCGCCAUGACGCGCUUCUUCGCCGGCCGCCCCGCUGGCUCGUCGUCCUCGCCGCCGGCCGCGGGCGCUUGGUCGGUGCAGCCGCGCUACAAGCUGGAGACGGCCUUCCGGGCGGACUGGCAGUGGGACGGGGCGCCCGCCACCCGCGCCUCUGCUGCCCCGCCGCGGGGCGUCGAGGAGUCCGGCCAGUCGCCGCCGCCGCCGCUCCGCCUGGGCUUCCUGUGCGAGUACGACGCCCUGCCCGGCAUCGGCCACGCCUGCGGCCACAACCUGAUCGCAGAGGUGGGCGCCGCCGCCGCGCUGGGCCUGAAGGGCGCCCUGGAGAGCCUCCGCCAGCCCCCCGCCGGGCUGCCCCGCGCCCCCGCCGUCAAGAUCACAGUGCUGGGCACUCCUGCCGAAGAAGAUGGCGGAGGCAAAAUAGACUUAAUUAAAGCCGGAGCUUUUGAUGGUCUAGAUGUUGUUUUUAUGGCGCACCCCUCCCAAGAAGAUGCCGCUUAUUUGCCUGAUGUAGCAGAACAUGAUGUGACUGUGAGAUACUAUGGAAAAGCUUCUCAUGCUGCUGCUUACCCUUGGGAAGGAGUAAAUGCAUUAGAUGCUGCUGUUCUUGCAUACAACAAUCUGUCACUUUUAAGACAGCAAAUGAAACCAACAUGGAGAGUUCAUGGUAUAAUAAAGAAUGGAGGUGUGAAACCUAAUAUCAUCCCCUCUUAUGCUGAAUUAGAAUUUUACUUGCGUGCUCCUUCAUUAAGGGAACUCUCCCUCCUGACCGAGAAAGCAGAAAACUGCUUUAAAGCUGCAGCUCUGGCCACAGGAUGUGAAGUGGAAUUAAAAGGUGGGGUACACGAUUACUACAAUGUGCUUCCUAACAAGAGCCUAGAAAAAGCUUAUAUAGAGAAUGGAAAGAAGCUUGGCAUGGAGUUCAUCUCUGAUGACAACUUGAACGGACUGUCAGGUUCUACUGACUUUGGAAACGUUACCUUUGUGGUUCCUGGGAUUCAUCCCUAUUUUUAUAUUGGCUCUGAAGCGCUGAACCAUACUGAGCAGUACACAACAGCUGCAGGGUCAGAAGAAGCUCAGUUCUAUGCCUUGCGGACAGCUAAAGCUUUGGCAAUGACUGCCCUGGAUGUUGUUUUCAAGCCAGAUCUGUUGGAAAAGGUUAGAGAAGAUUUCAGAUUGGUGAAGCUGAAAGAGGAAGACUACUUGAAUACACCUGGGAAAGGAUCUGCCCUUGGUAUCGGAGCAGCAUGUGCGUCACGUUGAAGUGUACAGCAUAUUAAAAAUGUAAACUCUAUAGAAAGUCUGGGAUUACUCUGCUUGAAUUCCAGAGAAUGCUUAAUAGCUGGAGAGAUGCUGACAUUUUGAGUGGCACAACUAAGUGACCUCAGUGUUGUUUUUCUCAUGUAGUUGUCUUAAUUUGACACACAAAAUUACAUGAUUUCUCUGCAGUGAUUGAAAAUGUGCUGAAUAUCUUAGCAUUGCAAAAUUUUGCAAAUUAGUUUUUGAAUCACUAGUAUGAUGGUUAAAAAGUAAAGCUUGGGUUAUCUUCAUAGCUUUCCUACAGUGAGAGUUGUUGCAUGUUUAGCUCACUAUAAAACCAAAUGCAAACAAUCAAGAAAAGCUAAUGUACUCGAUAAAUCUAUACAUAUUUGAACUGAAGUUUUUAUGAAGUGGAUGCCAAAGGUUGGUUGGUGAGUCGAGAUGUGUUCAGAGUUUAAAGUUUAGUUCUGGUUUCAGAAUCUUUCAGACUUAAAACUGGGAACUCAGUGUUUGAACAUAAUAUUUUUAUCUUUUGACUAUCUAAAACUCUUCUGAAAGACUGUCAGCUUAUGAUUCAUUGUUUGAUAUUUCACAAAUAGGUAGGCUCCCAAGCCCUUGUUCAACACAAUUUCACAACAUGUAUCACUUAGUAAUUCUGCAUGCAGGAUAAUCCAGGAUAAAUUAAUGUGAAUAAAAGUGAGCGAACAGA